GUCCGAAACCCCGAUUGACGAAUGGUGGCGAAAGUUUAUUUUUUUAUUCUUUGUUCAAAGGGGACAAAAAGUGCUAUUUUUGCGUGAAAAAUGCUAAAACAAGUCCUAAGAACAAAGGAUAUAGCUAGAAUAAAUUGUUAUGGAGCAACAUCUCUCGUGGAGAAUUUUGCUAAUUUGACGCUGGGAAGGUCUUCGGUGGCAUCCAGGAAAUUGGCUACAGCAUCAAGGGAUACUAGAGAACCAUGUCCGGUGGAGAGAUUUUGGAUGGUAGGCUCUGGAAACCCCUUAUCGCAAUUGAGGCUUCCUCUGCGAAAUCCUCUGAAGGAAAUCAGAGAUGUCCCUAAAAUCCCCAUCAAUAUCAUCGAACCCCCAGGACAGAGGAUGCUCACUGAAAUUAAUAGCAUUGUGAGAGAAGACAGGGAGAUAAAACUCCCUGAGAUGUCAGGCAUUGUGGAGAAGCAUGCCGUCCGGCUAAUUGUGAUACGCCGGAAGAAGAUGAAGAAGCACAAGUUGCGGAAACUCAGGAAGAAGAUGAAGUACGAAUGGGCCAAAGUGCGACAGCGUCGAGAAAUGCGCAAGGAAAAGGCUUUCCGGGCAGAAAUAUUUGCACAAAUCAAAGAAGCAGAAAAUUUCUCGGCAGAGAAGUAUGUCGAGGAAAAGCUGAGGAAGGCCACAGAGACACCAAUACCACGGUUCUGGAAGAAUCGUCGUCUGCCCCAGUUUAUUAUUAAGCAGAAAUUGGGCAUUAAGUAGAUUCUGCAGUUAAUUAAUUUUAGAAAAUAAAUAAAUAGUGCGAAAUAAAUUUAUUUGAGAAAAAA